AUGGCAUCUACACAAGCUCCUGCGUCAUCGGCGCCCUCUUCAAACAUCAACUCACCUCUCCUUCCACCCGGCAACGGUCCGCUACUCAAUGGCGCACUUUCCGAACUCAACAGUCGAUCAUCCCCAGCUCCGGCCAGCAAUGCCUCAGUACAAGGCGCCGACGCACGAGCAAAGCGGAACAAGCGAGACAGUCGCAAGAAACGCGAAGCAAAGGGCCAAGAUCCCGAGGGCGCCCCUCUUCCAAAGAAACGUGUGACAGCUCUAAGCGCUGCGCGACCUAGUUCAGAGCUCUCGAUCCUUCGCCCCCUCCUGCUUGCCGAACCUCGUGCCUCCGAUCGAUUACCCCCACAACCGCGCCAAUUUAAUCUGGUGACGACCAAGUCAUCAGCUGUCCUGGGUCAGACGUGGGACUUUUACGAGGUGGUUGAUAAGCUCACGAAUAAGAACGGCUUCCGCUAUAGCUACGCGAUAGGUGACCCUGGUUUCCCGCACAUCAAAUAUCGACAGACGGACGUGGAGCCAUAUCAUGCGCGAUUCAGCUUUGAGGAUUCCCCUGCGGCGAUAUUUUUCUCGCAAGAUGCACGGGCUGUAACGACGAGUGAUGCGUGGCAUACUUCACGCGCGAAUAUAUGUGCUCGGGAGGGAUCGUAUUAUUACGAGGCGCGAGUGAUCAGCGGGCGUGUGAACGACGGACAAGAAGCUGCCCAAAGAGGCGGCACCAGCGCAUCCCCACGAGGCCACGUGCGGUUGGGAUUCGCGCGUCGUGAGGCAGAUCUAGACGUCAAUGUUGGCGUUGAUUGCUACGGGUACGGUAUCCGAGACGUGAACGGCGAAGUUGUCAAUCGCAUGCGCUGCGAAUUUUUCUUCCCCAAGAGCGAGGGCAUCAAUGAGGGAGAUGUGAUCGGCAUGCUCAUCACUCUCCCGUCACUCUCCCUACAUAAGAAGAUCGUCGAGGGCACCUACGACCCGGCCGUAGAUGGAGAUGGGUCAAGUUCUGUGUCAGACACAAAAGCCAUUGCUACGAAUAUCAUCCGAGACCGUAUCCCCUUCCACUACAAAUCCGAUUUCUGUUGGCAACAAUCCAACGUCUUUUCCACGAAACAUCUUCGGGACUAUGCCUUCAAUCUCAAAGAAACACCUACCUUCGGCCCUCCUUCACCCAUGAACAGCGAAGACCCAACGCUCCGCACUCUACCCGGCUCCAGCAUCACGAUUUUCAAAAACGGUGUCAAAAUGGGCACACCGUUCAAGGAGCUCUACGCCUUCCUUCCCCCCGCGAGUCGUCUCGCCAAUGGAACCAACAAUCUCGGCAUCGGCGAACGUGAGAAUGCCGACGACGGUAUGAUCGGCUACUACCCAGCCGUCAGCUGCUACGGCGGCGGUGCGGUAGAGUGUCGUUUCGAAGGGCCGUGGUGGGUAGGACCCCCCGAGCAAGACGAGCUAGGCCAUCCGGUCCGAGCCAUCGGCGAACGGUUCAACGACCAGAUCGUCGAAGACGUGGUCGCGGACAUCGUAGACGAGGUCGAGGCCAUGUUCACAUGGGGCGGUAUUGACGGCGAUGUUAUUGGGAAUGAGAAUACGGAGCUAGAAGGCGCGGCACCCGCUGCCAUCAAUGGCUCUGAGAUUCUGCAGAAUGGCGUGGGUGCCUCACUCGCGGCUCCGGUGAACAGAGCGGGGUCGGACUCUGUUGCGAAUAGCAAUCGAGCGACGCCGGCUGCGCAUCCGUUGGCGGAGGACGCGAUGAGUGUUGGAACCGCGGGGACGCCGGCUCACGUUGCGGACGCGUCGGUGGCAGGUGGCGAUGAGGAUGUUGAAAUGACUUGA